ACAGAAAUAUCUCCAAAGAUAAAAAUUUCUCAAUAAUAUGACAUAAAAUUUUGUAAGGAAAUGGCUUACAGAGAGAUGAGAAUUAUACCAAACUACUACCAUUCUUACACCUUCGUCUUCAUGUUCAUCUUCUUCGUCUUAAUUCUGUUUCCUGCUUCCUCCAUAUCUGCAAAUACUUUGUCAGCUACAGAAUCUCUCACCGUCUCAAGCAAGAAAACCAUCAGAUCUCCUAGUGAAAUCUUCGAGCUCGGUUUUUUCAAUCUCGCAUCAAGUUCUCGUUGGUAUCUCGGGAUAUGGUACAAGAAAAUUCCUACAAGAACCUACGUAUGGGUUGCAAACAGAGACCAUCCUCUCUCUAAUUCCAACGGAACUCUCAAAAUCUCCGACAAUAAUCUCGUCAUUUUCGAUCAAUCCGGUACGCUUGUUUGGUCGACGAAUCUAACCAGAGGAGAUGUAAGGUCUUUACUGGUUGCAGAGCUUCUUGAUAACGGUAAUUUUGUGCUCAGAGACUCCAACAAUCCAGAUGGAUUUUUGUGGCAGAGUUUCGAUUUUCCGACAGAUACUUUACUUCCGGAGAUGAAACUGGGCUGGGAUAAGAAAACCGGAAUCAACAGAUUCUUGACAUCCUGGAAAGAUCCAGAUGAUCCUUCAAGCGGAGAUUUCUUCACUAAACUCGAAACCAGAGGGUUCCCUGAGUUUUACGUAUGCAACAAGGAUUCCAUAUUGUACCGGAGCGGUCCAUGGAACGGAAUCCGGUUUAGCACAAUACCGGAGAUGGAACCAAUUGAUUACAUAGUUUACAAUUUCACAGCGAGUAAUGAAGAAGUGACUUACUCAUACGAGAUCACCAAAGCCAACAUUUACGGGAGAGUUAGCCUAAGCACCACGGGAUUAUUUCAAAGAUUCACUUGGAUUGAGACAGCACAGAGUUGGAAACAAUUAUGGUACUCACCAAAGGACCUAUGCGAUAACUACAAAGAGUGUGGGAAUUACGGUUAUUGCGAUUCUAACACUUCACCAGUUUGUAAUUGUAUCAAAGGGUUUAAGCCAAUAAAUGAGAAAGCAUGGGCGUUGAGAGAUGAUUCCGCUGGUUGCGUGAGGAAGACAAAGCUUAGUUGUGACAGUAGAGAUGGGUUUAUGCGGUUGAAAAAGAUGAAAUUGCCGGAUACUACGGCAACAACUGUGGACAGAGGAAUUGGAGUGAAAGAAUGUGAAGAGAGGUGUCUAAAAGAUUGUAAUUGCACGGCGUUUGCUAAUACGGAUAUUCGUAAUGGUGGGUCAGGUUGUGUGAUUUGGACCGGAGAUAUUUUUGAUAUCCGAAAUUAUGCUAGGGGAGGUCAGGAUCUUUACGUUAGGCUAGCCGCUGCCGAUCUUGAGGACAAGAGAACCAAAAAUGGAAAAAUCAUAGGUUCGAGUAUUGGAGUGAGCAUUUUGCUUCUUUUAAGUUUUAUCAUCUUCUGUUUUUGGAAAAGGAGGCAGAAGCGAUCAAUAUCAAUUAAAACAUCUAUUGAUCAAGUGAAAAGCCAAGAUUCGCUAAUGAAAGAAGUGGUAAUACCAAGCAGGAGAUUCAAAUCAAGAGAAAACAACACUGAUGAUCUAGAGCUUCCAUUGAUGGAGUUUGAAGCUGUUUCCAUGGCAACAAACAAUUUUUCAAACGCCAACAAGCUUGGACAAGGUGGUUUCGGUAUUGUUUACAAGGGAAGGUUAGUUGGCGGGAAAGAAAUCGCGGUGAAGAGACUAUCAAAAAUAUCUUUACAAGGGACCGAUGAGUUCACAAACGAGGUUAGACUAAUUGCAAGGCUUCAGCACCUAAACCUUGUCCGACUUCUUGGUUGUUGCAUCGAUAAGGGUGAGAAGAUGUUGAUCUAUGAAUACUUGGAGAAUCGAAGCCUUGAUUCUCAUCUCUUUGACAAAACUCGACGCUCUAACUUUAACUGGCAAAAGAGAUUUGAUAUUACCAAUGGUAUUGCUAGAGGACUUCUAUAUCUUCACCAAGAUUCACGGUUUAGGAUUAUCCAUAGAGACUUGAAAGCAAGUAACAUUUUGCUUGACAAAAAUAUGACUCCCAAGAUCUCGGAUUUUGGGAUGGCCAGGAUCUUCGGACGGGAUGAGACUGAAGCUAAUACGAGAAACGUGGUCGGAACUUACGGCUACAUGUCUCCUGAAUAUGCAAUGAAUGGGAUAUUCUCCAUCAAGUCAGAUGUUUUCAGCUUUGGGGUCUUGCUUCUUGAGAUUAUAAUUGGUAAGAGGAGUACAGGAUUCUACAACUCAACUGGUGACCUUAGUCUCCUUGGUUAUGUGUGGAGGAAUUGGAAGGAAGGAAAAGGGCUAGAGAUCGUAGAUCCGGUCAUCAUAGAUUCUUCAUCUUCAACGUUCCGAACUCAUGAAGUAUUAAGAUGUUUACAAAUUGGUCUAUUGUGUGUUCAAGAACGUGCUGAAGAUAGACCAGUGAUGUCGUCAGUAAUGGUGAUGCUUGGAAGCGAAAAUACAGUUAUUCCUCAGCCUAAACGGCCUGGCUUUUGCAUUGGCAGCAGAAGUCCUCUUGAAAUUGAGUCAAGUAAACAACCCGACAAUGAAUGGACAGUGAACCAAAUCACUCUCUCGGUCAUUGACGCUCGAUAAGUGGAAAUUUACCGAGCCAAUAUUUUAUAUGCAUAUUCUUUUCUAAGUAAGUUUCAGUAACAAUGUUUUACUACAUGACUCAAUAACUUUCUCUAUGAAAUGUAACCAGGUGUUCAAAUUAUUUUAGAAAAAGACGCAUACGUUAGAAUU